AUGGCAGACGGAGCCCGUUCCCUGCUCGGCGGGAGCCGCGGCUCCAGCCCCGCUUCCAGCCCCUUGAUGGGGAGAGGCAACAAGAGCCGCUCGCUGCCCACGCCGUCGUCUUCCUCGCCCGCGCUGCGGCAGCAGCAGCAGCAGCAGCAAACGCCGCCCGCGUCUCCCAAACAGCCGCCAACGGCUCGUGGGAGCGCGCCCGGGCACUGCUUCAAGAGGGUGACCCUCACCAAGCCCACCUUCUGUCACUGCUGCACCGACUUCAUCUGGGGGCUGGCGGGAUACCUGUGCGAAGUUUGCAAUUUUAUGUCUCAUGAGAAGUGCCUGAAACAUGUGAAGAUACCAUGCUCCUGUGUUGCUCCAAGUCUUGUAAGGGUUCCAGUUGCACAUUGUUUAGGGCCUCCAGGACAUUACAAGAGAAAAUUCUGUGCUGUGUGCAGAAAGCAAUUAGAAUCUCCAGCAUUUCGCUGUGAAGUAUGUGAGCUACACGUGCAUACAGAUUGUGCCCCAUUUGCUUGCAGUGACUGUCGUCAAUGUCAUCAAGAUGGUCAUCAAGAUCAUGAUACAUACCAUCAUCACUGGAGGGAGGGAAAUCUUCCUUCAGGUGCGCGUUGCAAAGUCUGCAAGAAAACAUGUGGCUCUUCAGAGGUGCUCUCGGGUAUGAGAUGCGAAUGGUGUGGAAUUCUGGCUCAUGCUGCUUGCUAUGUGAUUGUACCUCCAGAAUGUACAUUUGGAAGACUAAGAAAUAUGAUUCUUCCCCCAAACUGUGUACACUUGUUUUCUCGCAACUUCAGUAAAAUGCACUGUUUUCGGAUAUCGGAAAGCUUACAAACAGAACCAGAUGAUGAUGACGAUGUUGAUAAUUCGACACAAUUAUCACUGAAAGAAUCCCAGUCUUCAACAGACUCAAGCAAACAAAUAUUAAAAAUAUAUGAUGGGAAUGAUGCAGUUAAACGCAAUCAGUAUCGGCUUGUUACAAUUCCAAGGAUUUCAAAAAACGAAGAAGUUGUGGAGGCUGCAUUGAGGGCGUAUUACAUCAAUGAUGAUCAGCAAGAUUAUGAACUUCAGACAUUCACUCAGCAGGCCCUGUUUUGUGAUGACAUCAUUAAUAGGAAUGAUACCACAGAAGAGACCCACACUGGAUCUGUAUUCCGAGAAGCAGUUCCUGAAGCUUGGAUCAUCAGAGCAAAAUCUAGGGAUAGUGAAAUCAUAAAAAUUUAUCCUGCUUGGCUGAAGGUUGGAAUGGCCUGUGUCUCAAUACGAGUCAAGAAAGAAAGCACUACCCAGAUGGUAAUUAAAGAAGUUCUACCGCUGCUUGGAUGCCAGGUGGAUUGCUUCCAGAACUUCAAAUUGGUGGAAGUACUCAUGGGCUCCAAGCAAGUUCAGCGAAUGAUACUGGAUGAUCAUGAAUUGCUUCUCAGCAGAUUCCAAGACAUAAGAAAGACUUCGCUACGUCAGAUGAAUCAAACAAGAUUUUACAUUGUUGAAAACAAUAUAUCAAGUGUGCAAAUUCAUUUGUUUGUUGGUGGUCUGCCACCUCAUCUCUCUACUGAAGAAUACACAAACAUCCUCAAAGAUGAAUUAACCAUCAAAACCAAUUUAGUUUCUGUGAGUCACGUAUAUUCAUCUCAAGGUGCUGUCAUACUAGAAAUCUCAUGUUUUUCUGAAGCUGAAAGAUUAUAUAUGCUAGCUAAAGACACCUCCGUUAAUGACAAGCUACUCAGUGCAGUUGUCAUCCCUGAAGUUCUGCAAACCAAACUUCCACAGAACUGCUAUCCAUUGCUUGUAUUUGUGAAUCCCAAAAGUGGAGGGCUUAAAGGUCGGGAUCUGCUGUACAGUUUUAGAAAGCUCUUGAAUCCUCAUCAAAUCUUCGAACUAACAAAUGGAGGCCCACUGCCUGGGUUCCAUGCUUUUUCUCAAAUUCCAUAUUUCCGAAUAUUGGUAUGUGGUGGUGAUGGCACUGUUGGAUGGGUUCUCGGAGCACUGGAAGAGAUUAGGCACAAGCUCGUCUGUUCAGAUCCAUCUGUGGCUAUUUUACCCUUGGGAACAGGUAAUGACUUGGGGAGGGUGCUGCGCUGGGGUGCUGGAUAUAGCGGCGAAGAUCCGUACUCCGUUCUGAUAUCUGUAGAUGAAGCUGACGAUGUGCUUAUGGAUCGCUGGACCAUCCUUUUGGAUGCUCCAGAGGCUCUUGAAAGCUCAGAAAAUGGUGUGUUGGAGCCUGAGCCCCCAAAGAUUGUGCAGAUGAACAAUUACUGUGGUGUUGGAAUUGAUGCAGAGCUGAGUCUAGGGUUUCAUCAUGCUAGGGAGGAAGAACCAGACAAAUUCAAUAGCAGAUUCCACAAUAAAGGUGUCUAUGUAAAAGUUGGACUUCAGAAAAUGAGUCACACCAGAAAUCUUCAUAAAGAAAUAAAACUUCAAGUGAACCAGCAUGAAAUUGAGCUUCCAAAUAUAGAGGGCCUUAUUUUCAUUAAUAUUCCCAGUUGGGGAUCUGGUGCUGAUCUUUGGGGAUCUGAUAAUGAUAAUCGCUUUGAGAAACCAAGAAUUGAUGAUGGCUUACUGGAAGUUGUUGGUGUCACUGGAGUUGUUCACAUGGGUCAAGUGCAGGGUGGCCUACGUUCAGGCAUCCGGAUAGCUCAAGGUUCCUACUUCCGUUUAACACUUCUGAAGCCAAUUCCUGUACAAGUAGACGGCGAACCCUGGAUUCAGCCACCAGGGCAGAUCAUUAUUUCGGUAGCAGGACCAAAGGUCCAUAUGUUAAAGAAAUCCAAACAGAAACAGAAAAAAACUGGAAAUGUAAAAGACUCAAGAACUGAGAACAUGUCAGCCAGUGAAGUGGGGCGCUGAUGGAAGAAGAUAUCCACAGAGCAAAUGCCGUACACCUACCAUAGAUGACGUGGGGUCUGCCUGGUAAAACUGUAUUGUACAGUUCAGGCUAAGAAGGGUUGCUUAUGAGCCUGCUAUUAUAUUCCAUGUUUGCUGUACAGUGCCCAUCUUGUGGCUGACAUGAGAUCUGUCUAAACAUCACAAAUGGAUCAGACAUUUCCAUUCAGUAGCCCUUCUGCAAACCAUUAACCAAUUUUUGCUUUAUGCAGAGAGUGAAUAAAGCAGAAAUCUCAUUAUACCGUGCUUUUUUAUACUACAGUUGUUGUUGUUUCGACAAAUUUUUUCCUCCCUGGGAACCACUUAUUUUGUAAAAAUACGUUUUUAGCCCUCUUAAAAAUAAAACACCAUUCCCCAUUUAAAGAUUUAAGGUAGCCCAGCAUUCUCCAGUUUAAAAUAACUAUAAUGAAGACCUUACAGAAUGGAUAAUUUCACGUUGCUGAUUAUUUGUGCAGUAAUGCCUUAGGUAGGAUAGGGACAGAGCAAUUUAAUCCAGUGGCAACCCUCCAUCCCCGGUUCCUUUGGGUGCAUUGCCACUGUGCCAGGUUCACUACCAAGUUCUUGGCAGUUCCUAAUUAAGCCGCACAUUGAGGGAUCUAGCAGCCUGCUCUGCUCUAGGUUGCCAUGUGUAAGUUACUCACACCUUUUCUCUUGAUUGGAAAUAGUUGGAUGCCUUGCAAUGCACUCAGGGGGGAAAUGCUCAGUUGAAUGUUAGGGGGCUCAAGAGCUUGCAUGAAUUGUGCCCCGUUGUUUAGUUGGUUUUAUUUGUGUGCCAUGAACUCCUUAUUCCACACUACUAAAUGAAACCCUUAGGGUGGGGUGGGGGAAUCUCCUACCAUAAUGUUAUCUGUUUUUAUACCGCAAAACCUUUUUAUAUACACUACAAGCUUCUGGUUUUCUACAGUACUGCAUAUGCAUUCCACGCCCACCCCAGCCCCAUAAUUCUGGUCUCUAGUUUGAUGUUUCUAAUUUCAUUCCUAAAAUCCUUUCUUUUAACUCUGUGCCACAGUUACUGGCAACUCAAAUGCCAAAUCUAGAAUGUGUAAUUUAUGGCACAAUAUAGUAAACUAAGCUGUUUCAGCAUUUGUUAAUAUAUAUAAAGUAUUGAUACACUAAGUUGAAAUAUGCAUUAGUUUAUUCUUUAUUGAAGAAUGUUCUAGGGUGUUUUUUUUAAUACACACCUUCUGAUCACUGGUUAUGUCCAUAUCGGAUAUGAAACUGGAUCUGGUGUGAAUGUACUGAUUAUGCAAGGAAAAAACUACUUCAUGGAGGGUUCCUUGUUAAUAAGAUUAGGUUUAAGUCUUAAGCUCAGUGAUUGUAGGUAUUAUGUUUUUCAUGUUAGUUUCACUAUUGCCAUUUCUUAGUGUUUUCUUUUUUUUUUUUUAGAUGAGGAUCAAUGCACGUUUAUUAUUAAGAAUUCUCGUUCCACAAAACGGGGAAGGGAGGUCCUACAAUUUGCUUUAAAUACAGCACAGUAAAAACCUGGAAGGAAGGUGGAUCCAACUCUGGUUGCUUCAGUUCUUUGAAAUAAAACACAGUGUAACACCAAAAACCCAAAAUAGUUGGUUUUGAACGCCAUAAAGAGUUAUUAACUGCAUGGGAGGAGAUACCUUUAAUAGAAAGCAAGAGAUUCAAGGGAUAUUUUUGUUUGUUUCCUUUUUAAAUUCACACAAGACUAGAAAUGGUGUGUUCCCACCUAAGUGGGAGAAAAAGCCACAAUGAAAUGUUUUAGGUCUGCUAAAAUAUCAAAGAUGCCAAGCCUGAUAUUAAUAACGUAUUAGCUAACUGUUUUAAAAUAUCCGGGGCUAAAGAAAUCCGUCUGAAAGGAACCCUUGCAGAAAAAGAAGAAGUUUCAUUGAAACAACCCAUCCUACAAGAGGCACACACCUCUUGAUCUUUAACAAAUGCAAGAGUGUUUUGAGUUCCAGAUGAUUUCCCCAAGCUCUUAAUAUAAAUUGACCUUACAAGAAAAUGUUACUAUAGGUUGUAUUCGGAUGUUAACAAUAAACAAUGGUUAUGGAAACAAACCACAGUGAGCCUUGGACCACUCGUGCUCCCCUACAUUCUUCCUUCAUUAUGUUUGUGAGGAAGAGGUCAGAGGCCUUCACUUCUGUUUUUGAUAAAUCGUAACUUGCUGUUGCAUCUGAACCUAGGCAAUCUGUGGUUAAUCUUAACUAUGGCUUGUUGAAACAGCAGUUGAAGUUAACCAUGGUUUAAGGUUUGCAUGCACCACGUAACUGUAGUUAAUUAAAAUCAGAAGCGGAGGCUUCAGAACUCGUCAUGGUCAUGCCGGAGGGCAAGUUGUAGCACAUAAACCCAAGGCUCACUGCAGUUCACGCCCAUAAUGAUAAACCAAGUUCAAAUGUAGCCUGUAUUCUUCUGUUCCUGGAAACCACAGAAGGAAAGCUACGCAUGUUUGUUGGCUUGUGUUGAGUAUUAUUUGUCGUAGCUCUAAUAGUAAAAAAAAGGAAAUAUUUUUGUAGAAUACUGUUCUUCAGGGUGGCUGACCUCCUGAAUUGUACCGCAUUAUGUAUGUAUGUAUUAAAAGAGAAUGUAAUUACCAUCCCCACCCCCGAAUACCAAAACAGUAGCAGUAGCACCAAACAUGGUCAUAAUCAUUAUACAGAUGUACGAUUACACCAUCUAGAUUUUUAAAAGGCUCCGCGUUACAAAGAGGCUGAGGCUGCCUUUUUCCUUCUGGGAGUGGGCUAAGAAGAUCCUCUCCAUGGCUACCCCAGAAGUCAUGACGCUGCACUAGCCACUUGCUCUAAUACCCCAUCCACAUGUGAUUAAUAAGAUCACAUGGCGAUUGCCUUUUAAAAAAAAAGAAUGGUGCUGCACAGCAGAAGAAGAAAAUUGGUGCUUGGUGGGAGUAGAUACUUUCCCUCUACUGCCAGACAUUCAAUAUGGUGCAGGUCGGCAGAGGAGGGAAUCGUGAUGUGCUUCUCAUUGAUAUUGCAGAUACUAGCCAGGAAGUGAUUGGGACACUAGCAUAACCAUCUUGCAACCCAAAGGAUCUGCAAUUGGAUAACUUAUUCUCAGGGCGGCUUAGUGUGUUGUGCGAACACGCCCAGUUGCUCUGGUUUGCAGGCGGUAUUGCUAUUUUCAGAAGCUCUCUCCUUGGAUGUAUGAUUGCUGCUUAAACCACUGUUCCUGCACAACAGAAGCACAUGCUUGAGUGUUAUCUCGCUGCAGUCACCGCUGCAAGAUUCUCAUCUGAGAACAGACCUGUCUGGAACGGACCUUAAUCAGACCCACUUAGUGAGACCCUUCACAUACUAAUGUUCCACGCCCACAUUUCUUCCAAUGUCAAUUGUGGAUCCAUUUCCAAUUUGUACUGAAUGCUGCAGCUUACAGUCCACUAGCUUUUAUGCCUCUUGUCUUCCAAGUUGUUAGAACACAUUGCAGUUUAUGCAUACUUCCACAGCACCCGAGUAAAACUCGGGCAUGGUGCAUAUAUAGUCGAAGACGUUCUUAUAAUAAAAAUUGGAAUUGUCUUCUUUUCCAUGGAAUGUAGACAUUUAGGGUAUUUUCAGCUUGUUAGAUCCUUAUUGUUUGCAUGCGUAUAUUUGUUACAAAUGUCGAUGAACUAGUCUUUUAGAACUAAAUAUGUGUGUGUGUUUUCUCUUUAAGGUGUUUUUUAAGCCACCAGAAUCAUACAUCUAUUUUUCUUUUAUCAAAUCGUAUUUGUCAUGUGGCUUGGCCAGGAUCCAAAGAGCUACAAAAACAAAUUCCCUGAGCACAAAGGAAUUUAAUUUGUUUUUCUCACAUAGCAAUAGUCCCACACAAUAUCCCCUACAGCCUCCCCCAACCUGGUGCCCAAUCAUGGCAUGCUGGCUGGGAAUGAUGGGAGUUACAGUCCAACACAUCUGGAGGGCACCAAGUUGAGGAAGGUUGCUGCACUACUUUGGAAACUGGUACACGGUAGCACUUUUGUUCCCAGCUCUGUGUUCUUCGCUUCUGUAGUUAGUUAGCUAUAAAUCCACCUUGAAAGCAUAACUGCUUUUAUGUUGAUUUCCACAAUUGGUAAUUUUUACAGCCAAUCACUGAAAUAGCACAGUGCAAUUCCAGUAUAAUAUUUAUGAAGUGUGAAUGCUUCCCCAAGUAGAAUCCUUAAGGCUUAAAUUGAUUGUGCUCUGUACAUUUGUUGGCAAAGAUUUAAAUACACAGGGAAAGGGAAAUUUCUGUUUCUGGGUUUGCAGAAGUAUUGUGCAGUUUCGUAUGCAUGUUCACAACUAUUGGCUAGAGUAACUUUAUGCACUACUAAAAGUAGUCUAAAUAAAACUCCAGUGAGAUUAAUUUGCACUUAAGUGGCGGACCGUUUGACUAUGGUCCAAUUCAAUCCUUCCUCUGUGACCUCUGCUCGCCCAAACAGACUACAACUGUUAUACAAAGUUGUCCUUUGCACCUCUGUGGCUUUUUUUAAUUGGAGAAAUAGAAUAGCGAAGCAGUGGUCUUCCUUGACACUGUGGUCUUCACAUAUAUUUGAAGAGUAUCCAAGUGACAUGUCAACAUAAUAUAAUUGAAUGUGUUCAUUUUAAAGCUCUAAGUUAAUCUCUAGACUGUUUCAACAACUGGUUAGAGAAAUGCUUACACUAAGACUAUUUGCAGACUUUCUUUUUUUCAAUGCUAAGAUAUGAGCUGGGAUCCAAAGAAUAAUGAUGUAACUUGUUCUGUGCACCUGAGGAGGCUUUGGACUUGUGCUUCUGUAAUAGUGGCCUAGCAGCGCACCCUCACCUAGUCACACAGCAAACUACUUUUCAAACUGAUGAGAGUUUCAGUCGCAACUGUAAUGCAGCAUGGUUUAGAGGGGGGGAAAGUAAAAAAAAAUGAAAAUACCACUGUGUGCAAUACAAGCCUUUUGAGCAAGCCUAUAAAACUGUCUGUCUGUCUCUCUCUCUCUCUCAUACACAGAUGAUCUAAUGAAAGUUAAGCACUUUUAUACAGGAUAGAUUUAAGCAUGUUCUUAAUGCUUUCAUUAAAAUAAAACAGAACUUAGAAUGGUUAGCUUUGGCUGCAUAGAUCAUGCCCAUAGCUUUGAUUGCGUUACUAUGUCAUUCUGAUUUCUUGGAGUAAAUGCGAAAAAGGGACUUCACUGAAAUAACAAUACAGUGCACAUUUUUGCUUAUUUUUUCGAAUUUUCUGCUUCAAAUCUCUUCACUAAUGAUGGCAGUCGUUAGUGAAUGUCAUUACUGAAAGAAAAAGCACUGGACUUGAUCAUCUAUUCUUAGUCUUGUCUUUGAUAUUUGUAAUAACAGACCUAAAUAUAUUUUGCUAUGUUUAUUAAAGAUCCCUUAUCCUGUGCUUCCUAAAAUUAAGUUUACGUGGAAUAUGUCUUUUUGACAAGGCUUGAGCUCAAAAACACUUUAUAGCUUUUGAGUUUUUUAGAUGUGUGAUAUAUACAGUAUUUCAGAUCUUUGUGAUGAUUAGCGAAACAUUCAGAUUGUUAGAAGAGAGUAUUACUUUGUAUAUUUUCAUUUUUAAACGUUUUAGUAUAUUUUCAUUACACUAUUGCUAACAGUGAUUUGGAGUGAAUAGCAGGGAAACUAAAAAAAAUGAACUCCAUAGCUUGUUCCUUAUGUCCUUUAUGUUGUAAUUCUUUUAUCCUUAAAUUGUGUGCUUUAUUAAAGUACUGUGUUUAUGUGCCUGGGCAUUAAAAGAUGAUACGUUCAUUUGCACUACAAAAAGCUUCCCUCUGUGCAGUGUGCCUCUUUAGGGUCUGUGUGGAGUAGAUUUUCUGCCAGUUUCUAUUGUUUCUCCUGAAACUAAUUAAGCUUUCGGUUUUGAUGGGAACCUGUUUUCCCAUCAAAACAGGGAAGUUCGGUAGGCUGUCGCAGCUAUCAUUUUCGUACCAGUAGCUCAUCUGCCUGUGGGCUUGUGUAGACCUAUCCCUAGCUCCCUGCAAACCAUUGGUUGCAAAUCUCAACAGCAUGCACUCCCCUUUCCUUCUUUUCCUGCAUUAGCCAUGGUUUUGCAUUACCUAUGCACCAAUGCACACAGAACCAGAGUUUGCAAACCCACUUCAAACUCUGGAUUACAAGGGAACCAUGAUUGGUGUAGCUGCACAUGCAAUAUCGCAACCAUAGUUAAAGCUCGGAACACAAUGGAUGAGGGGAGGGAAUCAUUUCGGGGAGGGAGCACAAACUUCUGAUAUGCAAACCACUGUUUACAUGGAAGUAACAUUGCAUCUGCACCGGGCCUUUGUCUCCAUAAAACAAAAACAGGAUUGGGGCUGAUUCCCACGUUACGUUUUUGUAUACAACGCACUGGUUCACACUUACAUGUGGUGGCAUGAGUAAUGACUAACGUGGAAAUGGCCACAUCAGUGUGUAUGUAUUUAUAUUUACCAUUAUAUACAUUAGGAAGCAAAUGUAUAGACUGACUUCCUAGUGUGUGAACUCGACAAAAAAGAAAAGAUCACCACUAGUACAGUUUUUCUCACUCAACAAAAUUGCUUUUAUCUUCCUGUGGAAGCCUGUAUCAGCACUGUCAAAAUGUAAUGCUGGAAUCAGCCUUCACACAGGGCUCUUUGAAAUCAACUGUCAUUGAUUUCGGAUCAUAAUUUAUUAAUAGAAUUUCAAUUACUAUUUUUACAAAGUUGUGCAUCUAUUGUUUACAUGCUUCCUUCACUUUGCACUUGAAAAUGUCGGAGCAAUUGUGUUGCAAAUUCUGGUUUUGGCAUUUUAAGCCAUUCUAUAAAUCUAAAGGCAUGCAUUUAUGGGUUGAGAUUCUGUCUGUCGUACAUAGCUGGACAUUCUGUUUUGUCAUUCUAGUGCCAUACGUUAGUGCCUAUCUAGCUGAAUUCCACCCCCGCCCCCAGGUUGCCCAUCUAGAGAUUCAGGAGGGAAAUAUACCAAGUACUUCUGUAGUUGAUUCUAUAGGCUGUUAAUCAGUCAACUGAAAGUUCACUUUAAGCUUGAUAUAAAUUGGCUGUGAAGAUGUGUGUGAAGUGCAAGCAUUCUAUCGAAUGUGCAGUGGAAGAUGAAGAUCAUGUUGCACUGGGGCAUAUGCAUGUAGAGCCCAAUGUGUGUAGGUCUGGCCCACGCAGUCCAGCCUUCCCCAACCUAGUGCCCUCCAGUGUGUUGGACUGCAACUCCCAGCAUCCUCAGCCAGCAUGGCCAAUGGAGGGCAACAGGCUAGUGAAGGCUGGCGUAGGCUGUGUACUCCAAAGUUGUGGUGUACAGAUCUCAUGAGUUGGGACUGUGUGGGUUUUAUGUAGGCCUUUGGUAAACGUGAUGUCUGAUUUAUGGGACACCACAGUGAUUUGGUAUAGAUGGAAUAUCAGUACAAGGUUAUUGUCUACCAUUCAACUGGAUAAUAUUGGUAUUUUUCCAGAUCAUUCGUGUAAGCGGAGUUCCAUGGGAAUACAUGACUGUGAUAAUUCUAUCUACUCCCUUAACAGGCUGGUCUACAUUAAUCUGGGGCACAAAAGGCCAAACUACAUGUUACCCUGGAGAUCUGUGAUCAGAUCUCCUGACAGUAGUUUUUUAUGGCUUAAAGCAGCUGCCUUGGGUCUGGGUUGUGCUGGGGAAAGUGGAGUUCGUCUUUCCUCUCCACUGUUUCUUCAUUUUGCCCGCAAAGCUACUAUUUGUGCCCAAAGCUACUCUUAGCUCACACCUAAUAGGAGCAUUGGGACGGGAUUUUGAGUGUGGAAACGACACAAGGAAAAGUUUGUUUUCUUAAACCUUCCCCCAGCACCACAGCCUAAAGCCACUUGUGGACCUCCUGUGAUUACAAAGUUUUGAAAAUAAAAAGAAUUAAAAAACUACGGAGAUCAGAUUACAUAUCUCCAACAGAUUUUGUAUCCAGUGGGACUACAUCAGCUUGAAUCUAUUUACUCCAGACUGGUGAGGUGAGGUUGUGAAUCACAUUAUACUGGAAUGAAUGCUGCAUUCAUUGUAGUUCUUUCUAUCUAUAGUUUUGCGUUGACUGCAAAGCCAUUCUUUGUAUUGCUUACAGUUAAUGCAAUAACACAACUUCAUACAGUUUGACUAGCAGUUUUGAUGUUUACAAGGUGGUGACUGUUGAUUGUAAACUUCCAUAUCAGUGCACUGCUUCCAUUGGAAGGCUUAAGCUACUUGCUUUAUAGGACAAUUAAUGUAACAAUUGCCUUUCUUGACCCAGACUCCUAAGUACAACCCUUCAAAGCUGCAAGUGUAGCUUUUCACACUCAUGGAGACUCAGAAUGAGCAGAGUUUGUAUUGACAUAAAUAUUAAAUAGAAUAUUUCUAACUAGAAGGUUUAUAUUUUCUGAAGAUAAUUUAUAAGGAAGGUUUUAUAUACAAUUGUAUUGAUGUAAAUGCGAAUUCAAAUAUUCAUCAUCUAAUGAAAACAUGAUAAUGAAGAACCUGUUUUCAAGAGUUUGCCCCAUUAGCAAACUGUGUUUGUAGUUCCUAUUUUGUAGCAUUUUUAUUUCUUGCAGCGUUUCAGAGCACAAGUGCUGCACAUGUCAAAUUUCCUACAGAAAUACUGCUUCCAUGCAGGAAAUAUGCAUCCCCCACAUACGUGCAGUUGCAUAUGUUGAGCACACAUGCAUUUUGUGGAAUAUGUGGAUUUAAUCACACAUAAUAAUUUUAUGUGAACUUUGCUUUGUUUUUCAAAUGUCUCUACAAAAUAUGAACAGCUGCUUAGCUUUAAAUUCCCAUACAUGUGUCUGUUUAUCAAGGCUAAUGCCUUUCAGCGAUGUUCAGGCUGACUAAACCUGUUGAGCCUUUGGGUGAACAGAGAAUGUGUCCUAGAACUCUCACUGUAUAGGCAACUACGCAUUGCACUAUGCAUUGCAUGCGGUCUUUCAGGGACGUUUGUCUGCCAUCCUGUAUUUCAUCAAGGGAAACCCAAAGAAACUCCGGGUUCCCCAAAACACAGCUUGAAAGCCAUUGCUCUGAGUUACUGGGCCCAUUCUUACUUUGAUCACAACAUUCUGUAGUUUGGGUUUUUUUUGGGGGGGGGGGGUGGUAUUCGUUCUAAGAUGCGUUUAAACCAAAUUGGUCUUAAGUGGCCUUGUUGGAAUAUACUCACUCCUUACAAAUCCCGACCAAAAAGGGGCAAACACCUUUCAGUGUUCCAGAAACCAAGGAUUGCUCCAUUUCCGAGAUUAGAAGUAUUAUAUAAACAAAUGCUUAAGAAAUGAGUGAGUAUCCUAAUUUGGUGUGUGAAUUAUUAGAAGAAAAAAAUUAGAAUCCGUCAUAGAAGUGUAUUUGUUCACUUAUUUGUAACCAGUAAAAAGUAUCUAGAAACAUUCUAGUUUAUCCUAGGUAAAGAGGUUAAAUAGGAACCUUUACUAAUGAGUGAAAUUGCAGGUUUCCAGCCAUAUCUGCACUACAAAUAUGUUACAUACCAAUUUAACUGUUACCUCUUGGACAUCCUCAGAACUGUGAUUUUGUGAGGCCGCUCUGUUGGCGAUCUCUGACCCUCUCUCACACACAACUAUAGUUCAAAGGGUUUCUUGAGGAAGGGGACUAUAAAGCCAGUUUGUCUGUGAAUGCAGUUGACUUUGGAGCAAGGGAGAUUGUGAUGCGAGAUCCAUUAUUAAAAGUCCAAUAUAUUCUGUACACAGAUGUUCACUACUGUAGCUAGUCUUAAUUUUAACCAGGCUGUAAAUCAUGUACUCUUUUUGUAUCUCAUGCAGUGUUCUCAUGGUGGGGGGGUGGGGGUCAUUGGUGCUGGAGAGGACGUUCCAAAGAGGGACUGAACCUUGAAGCAAACAAAGUCCCAGAUACUUUCCUACUAGAAGUAGAGGUUGAGCUUUGCACCCAUCCAAUCUACUGUGCUAACCCUGAAAGCUGCAGAAAGGUGGGCAAACAUAUGAGAACUUCCAGCCACAGCACCUUCUCCCCUGGCCUGCUGGUUUUAGGAAGGACCCUGUGGUUGGCCUUUUCUAAUAGCGCUCUGGGAUUAGUGGCCCAAUCCACAGAUCCUGCAGGGUUCUGUAUAUGUGGGUGAGAAGUCUAUGUGCUCACUCGCCAAAGAGGUGGCUUCGAAAGGGGCCUGCAUUUUUUGGGGGGUGGCGGAGAGAGAAACGCUGAGUUAAUGCAUUGCGUCAGACUAGAACUUUUAAAUAAGGUGAGCAAUCUUUAGUAGCAAAUACCUUGAAAAGCAUCCUUGAUUAUUCCACAAUAUAAGGCAAAGCAGGCCAUCUGGAAUAGUUUGCCUCUUGUGUAGUACUUGCUUUUUGUAAUAUGCGUGCUAAACACAAUUCACGCAAGAGUCAUAGUAAUAUUAGAACCAUUA